AUGGGACAUGCGGCGCCGGUAGCGCUGGGUAUGCCCAGCCAGCCACGCCCGCUGUAUACUAGCGCGACCUACCUGGUCCACCGACCUGGAUCUAUCCCACGGCCAGCCCUUGUACUUAAUGUCAGAAAAGGCCGACAUGGCGGACAAGAAGCCUACAUCUCCUUCAAAGGCCAGGAUAAGCGCCUGGACACCUGGGUGCCUGAAACGGAGAUAGGCGAGCAGGUCAUUGAGGAAGCGGUAGCUGGGCCGAGUAGCUUGCCUAUGAAGAGUCCAGGGGGAUCUAAGCGGAGGAAACUCGCCAAGCCUCUUUCGAGUCCCGCCCGCGCUUCUUCUUUCUCUGCAGAUGGCGCCCGGCCUGCUACCCGUUCCGAUAGGGAGGCCUCGGUUCUUCCAUCGCCUGACAGAGAGCAUGCUGCUAUGACUCGUGUGCGAAACUUUGAAGAUGCCCGCUUUGGCGAGUACCUGAUCCGAACAUGGUACUACUCUCCGUACCCGCUACCACCUGAGGAAGUACCCGCAACGUCAACGCAUCAGCCUCCACAUCGGCCACUGAGCGGUGCCGCAGCCAGAAAGGGAAAGGCUCCCGCUUCAGCCGCGGAAGUAGCGAGCCAAGAGAUCAAAGGGAAGAAUCAGGCCCCAUCCCGCUCGAUAGGCGAUCUAUUACAUGGGGGAGUAGGUAAGGGCGGUGUGGGUGCGAGAGGUCGACUAUGGGUGUGUGACCUGUGCUUCAAGUACAUGCGCUCUCGAGCCGCUUGGGAGAAGCAUUCUUCUGGAUGCCAGCAAUUCCUUCCGCCUGGGCGACGGGUAUAUCAGAGAGGCAGCUUUACUAUCUGGGAGGUCGAUGGAGCGGCGGCCACGUUAUACUGUCAGAACCUCAGCCUAUUUGGGAAGCUCUUCAUUGACCACAAAUCUGUCUUCUUCCAUGUGGAAAACUUCCUAUUCUACAUCAUCUGCGACGCCUCCACAUCCUACCGAGACCAACCUAUGGCCUUCUUUUCCAAGGAGAAACUGUCGUUCGACGACUACAACCUCGCCUGUAUAGUCACGUUCCCGCCAUAUCAGGGUUCUGGAUUCGGCAAGCUGCUCAUCGAGUUCAGCUACUACCUCACGAAGCAUCCAGCCACUCGCCCGAUCAGCCUCUCUCCCGGGACGCCUGAACGACCCCUAUCCGACCUCGGUCUCAAAGGCUACUUGGCGUACUGGUCGAGCACGAUCUUGCGAUAUCUCCGCCAGGCACUCGCUGCUGCACCAAAACUCGAAGCGGCCGGAGAAGGGAAGGGAGCUGUUCACGGUGCGGCGGCUGUUGAGAAGAGAGGGAGAAGCACAAGGCGACGCCCCUCGACUGCUGUGGAAGGGGUAUUGAUUGAUAUAGCGGGGCACAGUAUGCUCAAGCAUGAUAUCCCACGACAUAAAGGUCAAUACUCUCUGAUUCUCACACUCUCAGCUCUCGCAGCGGCAUGUCAUCUCCGCGUGGACGAUACAGCAUUCGCACUCGCCGAGCUCGGUCUGCUGCGCCGUCGCCGGGCAGUGACUGUGCCGGCUCCUUCCAAGCGUAUCCGGACCGGCGGCGAUGACGAUAAAGAGCAAGAGUACAGAGUGGAUGCGGGAGAUGGCUCGAGUGGAGGAGUGCCCAAGGAGGCAGGCGAUGGGGAGUCGUUGGGCGAGUGGGAGGAUGUCGAGGUUGUCAUCCGCAGGGAAGAGGUGGAGAGGCUGUGUGGGGUCUGGGGGGUCAGGGAGUGUCCGAUGCUUGAUACGGAGUUUGUAUUGCUUUGA